GAUGGGCCCAUUUACGUGCGUCUGAGAGAAUCACGGUGCAUCCAGCACAACGACGACUCCCCUUUCGUCGGCCGGGACGCCGGGCGUCCUGGUUGGGUGUGUCAGCUGAUCUUUUACCCGAGUGCAGAUGACCCCAUGUUGUACCCAGCACCGCUGAACGACUGGACUACGCGCGACUUCAUCAUCCCAGAGAGUCGGCAUACUCGUCCGACAGAGGACCUAGCGCAGCGCGAGCUCCAAGAACGACCUCUUUUGUUGCUGUUUCGAUUUGUUCGCCUUCGCACGUGCUUCAUGGCAGACUCACGGGGUGAUGGUGGGCGCGAACUGGUGGAGGUUCCGCUAACUGCUUUCGUCGUUGGUCAGAUUGUGGCGUAUUGUGGAACCGAUGACUUCACGUUUUCGGCACAAGAUGGAACGCAACUCAGCCUGUCUUGCCGUUUUGUUUGCGUCGUU